CGAUUCGCUUCGGUUGUAAUUAAUUGAGCUGCGUAAUUUCCCUGAUAACGACGACGAGAAAAUGAAGUUGGUGAUAGUGAUUGCAGUGCAAAUUCUAGUUCUAGUUCCAACGAGUAAGUCCAGCCAAUGUCACUUCCCUGGGGAUCAGUGCGUCGCGGUGCAGUACUGCCCGCACAUCCAGGAAGCCAUCGAAUCGGGAGCAGUUUAUCGGAACAGCACCCUGUAUGACUAUGUGUGGUCACGGACGUGUCACAGCUCCGGCCAGGAGCCGCGGGUCUGCUGUGAGCCAGAACAUACAAGUUUGGGGAAGCAGUGCCUAAUGGUGCCAUCGCAGGACAAUCAGCAGCCGCUGGAGGGAACAUGCGUUGCUUCCGAACACUGCACUCCGAUCAAGCGGUAUCUACAGCGACGGCGACGCAAUGCCGCCUACGAUCGAAAGUUGGCGAACAAUGUCUGCUACCAGGAUGGAGGAGUGAAGGAAUACUACUGUUGCCCGGAAGUUUACGUUGGCAAGCAGGAGAUGGAAAAUAACAAAAAGAAAGUGCAAGAGCGUGUGUUGCGAGUGAAGAAUGCUUUCACCCCGUGUCAGGACCCGAACGGCGAAGCCGGCCUAUGCGUCCCGGUCCGUCACUGCGACCACAUCCACGCGGCGUUCCUCGACUCCCGAAUCAAGCACGAUACCAAACUGGCCAAAUUCGUCUACGCUAGCCGGUGCAAGUCGGAUGCCUCCCAGGGUAAUUCGAUUUGCUGUGCCAAACCCAAAGCUUUGACCGGCGAUGGUGGCUUUAUCCAUCAUCGCAAAGCUGCCAAAUUGGGACUCAAACGGUGUGGAACGAUCCCCUUCACCAACCGGAUCCUCCAAGGAAGCGAGGCUGGUUUGGGUCAGAAUCCUUGGAUGGCGAACCUGCUCUACAGAAGAAAGGAUCGGAUUGUAAGUCUGUGCAGUGGUUCUCUGAUACAUCGGAGGUACGUUCUGACGGCGGCACACUGCAUGCAGGGUUCAACGAAACCCAUCGCCGUCCGACUGGGGGAGUACGACAAGGAUAGCAAUCCGGAUUGCGACGACAGUGGCUGUGCGGCACCGAUCACGGACUACGGAAUCGGCAAGUUGAUCCCCAAUGAGAACUUCAAUGGUCGUGAUGCGGACCAUGACAUUGCUUUGGUUCGGCUAAAACGGGAUGCGGUCCUGUCCAACGGGGAAGUCUACCCGAUUUGCCUGCCGUUGACCGAGCAUCUGCUGAUGAUGAAACCGACCAAACUGACGGUGACGGGUUGGGGCAUGACGGAGCAUCAGAAACCGUCGCAGGUGCUGUUGGAAGCGGAUCUGCAGCUCGUUAGGAGGACAAGUUUCUGCGAAGGAGAGGCCACGUGUUGUAUGCGAGGCAAGCAUUCGGAGGGACACUGCAAAGGGGAUUCGGGGGGACCACUGCAAGUGACCGUGCCAGUCGGAAGGGGCUAUCGGAAUGUACUGUUCGCGGUGGUAUCCGGUGGGUCCGGAGAGUGCAACGUAAAUAUGAAGCAACCCGGUGUGGGAGUGAUGGUCGGGUACCACGUAAACUGGAUAUUGGAUCAAAUGGAUAUCUAGGCGGGCACGGAAGGGACUCGAUUAACUAUUUUUGAUCGUGUGAUCUCUAGUUACAGCCAAAUUUAAUGCAACUUAAGAAAAUAUGGCGGCAUUAGCAAAAUUUGCUGAUUUUAGACAUGAUGAAACAUCAACAAACUUUCCAGCAAAACAGUGCUGCUGAAUUUUCUAGCAACAAAGGCUGUCCACGAGACAGUUACGAUACCAAGAACAUUUAACCGAUCACAGUAGAAACUGGCAGUUUAUUCUCAUAUGAAUUUCUGCUGUGUUUAUGUUUACAUUCAGCACCAUUAACACCAGAGCACUCACACACUAUGGAUUUCUAGCUGUCAGUUCCACUGAGAAACGUCUCUUGGAUCACCUUACAGGGUGGCCAGACCUACCGAUUUAUCGGUAGUCCUACCGAUUUUCAGGAUGCCUACCGAUUCACAGACGAAAGAUUAAAAACUACAGAUUUUUCAGUUUUCCUACCGAGAAUCACAGAUUUUAGUAAUAUUGAAAAAAUGUUUUGUUUUCCGUGUAGUCAGAAUUAGCAUUAGAAUUAGAAAU